CAUACGUCACUCAUUGAAGUGAAGAGCUAAACCAAAACCAAUCAAAUAAGCAAACUCGUAUUUUGCUUUAGAUGUGUGUUUUGGUCUUCUGUUCUUGGGUUUUGUGAAGCAAGAAUAAUCAUGCCCUUUACAGAAGACUUUUAUCUUCCAUCAGCAGAAGAACUAAAAGUUCAAGAAUUAAACGUAUCAACACCGACUUUAAAAGCUGGUGCGAUUCACUUUGGAAAAUACUGUGAUGAACAGUGUAAAGAAUUUAUGCUGUGUCGCAAAGAAGAGAAUGAUCCUCGAAGAUGCCUGAAAGAAGGAAAAGAUGUCACUGCUUGUGGAAUAGAAUUUUUUCAGAAAGUAAAGCAGCAUUGCAGAGCUGAAUUUGAACGCUAUGCUGAUUGUCUUGAAUGGAACAGUCCGUCAAUGCAAGUUCAAUAUUGCAGAAAGACUCAAGCUGUGUUAGACAAAUGUAUGCUAGAGAAACUUAACAUUGAAAGACCAUAUAUGGGAUAUUUUACUGAGAUUCGGACUCACAAGACAAACCGUCCUCACCCUGGACCGCCUUUGCCCCGCAAAGAGUACACAGAUGACAGACCUUCACUACCACCAGACUAUCCAGUAGAAGAUGCUAAAUUUGGUGCUGCCUGGUUUAUCUACACAUAAAUUUCUAAGAUUUAUCUACUCAUCUUAUGUUCUGUUUAACAACUGUAGGAAAGGAUCAGUUUAUUAUAAAAAUAUGUAUUUGUGUAGUACAGAAAUAUGAACGAAUAAAAAUUUUCUGAAUAAGAU